UAUGUAUCUCAAAUGACUUCGAGAAGAAGAUAAUUGAGGCUUUUGAAGUGUUUGACCACGGAGGGAAUAAAACAGUGGAUGUGCGAGAGGUUGGAACGAUCAUUCGCUCAUUAGGGUGCUGUCCCAGUGAAGCUGAGGUUCAAGAGGUAAUCCUGAGCGUAGAGGAUACUGAAAUUGCUGGUAGUGUGCACUUAUCAACGUUCCUUCCUGUGGUCUCGAAUCUUCUUGCUGAAUACAAAUUUCAGCCUGCGUCACCAGAAGAAUUGCUAAAAGCGUUUGAGACAUUGGACAAAGAAAAAAGAGGAUAUUUAGAAACAGAGUACUUGAAAAAACUUAUGAUGGAAGAGGGGGAACCAUUCAUUCAAGAGGAAGUCGAUGAAAUGAUGGCUGCAGCUGUUGAUUCUGAAAGUGGCAUGGUUCAAUAUGAAUACUACUUGAAUCAGAUCAUGGUUGAUGAGCGCUAAUCAGGCAAAACGCACUAGAGAGAAAAUUGAAUGACAAUUUUUUCAGUAGAUAUCCAGCUGAGGGGUCGAGCAAAAAUUAAGUCAUGCUGAGAGGGUUUGAAUAUAUACUUUAGAGCCAAAACAAUCAGACAGAAUUUCUAACACUGGCGUUUUCAUUAAAGUAUUAUUGAUAAAGCUAGCAGGAAACCUGUGUGCUGCGCAAGAAUUAAAAAAUAACCAUUAAUAUUCAAUAAGACAAGUGAUCAAUUGCAAAAAUCUGGUAUUAUUAGUAUUUUGACUGAUCAAAAAUGCAUAAUGAUUUUUCAAAAAAAGUUGUACGCUCAUAGCUAUGUUGUUUUCCGCUCAUAUUUUAAGUGUUAAAAAAUAAAUCACUGAAGAAGUAUAAGUCAAA